AAUGUCAAAAUUCUACAAAAUUUCGCGAAAUUAUUGUGUGCAACAAUUAAAAGAGCCUCAAAGGCAUUCCAUACGAAGUCCUAAAAUUAUUUGCAAAAAUGCCAAAGAAAAUGGUAACCAAUUCAAAGGCUGUGGAGGCGCGUGAACGGAAACAAGCUGUGAAACAGGCCAACAAUGAACGUGCUGCUAAGGAGGCUGAGGAUCGACUAUGGGCAGACAAUGAUAAAAAUUUGGCCAAGAAGCAACAAAGACGCGAGGAAGAAGAGAAGAAACGGGCUGAGGCAAUAAGACGAAAGACGGAAGCAAAGGCGCUACUCGAUCAGGAAAUGUCAUCAAUUAAGACGCAGGGAAAACAACCACUUGCUAAGAUACAUCGACAGCAGAUUCUGGAAGAAUUGGAAAAGAAGCAACGUGCUAUUGAUGCCAUUAACGCAGCUAAACCACAAUUGGGAGCCCGUGUUGUUUUACCCGAACCAGUAAUCGAAGAAAAUCUGAAUCGUUCCAUGGCCGAUGUUGAAAUUGCAACAAAUGUCGAUCAGGCCUUGGCAGCCCUGAGUGUGAAAGACAGUGAGGAAGAUAAACAUCCAGAAAAACGUAUGCGCGCUGCCUACAAAGCCUUCGAGACAGCUAAUAUGCCACGUAUCAAAGCGGAAAAUCCUUCAAUGCGUUUAUCACAGUGGAAGCAAAUUCUUAUGAAAGAAUGGAACAAAUCACCCGAAAAUCCGUUCAAUCAAGCACGCUGACCAUGAUAUCUGUUAAAA